UGGUGUUUUUAAAGAAUCUUAAUUCAUCUAGAAAAAUACCUAAUCAUUUCCAAGCAAAACACUUUAGUUUGUUAUUUGUAUUCGUAAACGAUAUUUCCGUAAAAGUAUUUUUCUUUAAAAUCCGCUGUUUAUUUCAUUUUUGUGUAUUUUUAAUUUUUAGGCCAAAAUGGGUAAGAUUAUGAAAGCAGGAAAAGUUGUUUUGGUCCUUGGAGGACGAUACUCGGGACGAAAAGCCAUCGUAGUAAAAACCUAUGAUGAAGGAACUGGAGACAAGCCCUACGGGCACGCUUUGGUUGCUGGAAUCGACAGAUACCCCCGUAAAAUCCACAAAAGGAUGGGCAAAGCUAAAAUGCACAAAAGGAGCAAGAUUAAGCCUUUUAUCAAGACUCUUAACUACAACCACCUUAUGCCUACCCGUUAUUCAGUGACAGACCUUACUGACGUAAAAGUUACCCCUAAGGACUUAAAAGACCCAAUGAAGAGGAAGAAGGCUCGUUUCCAAACUAGAGUCAAAUUUGAAGAGCGGUAUAAGCAAGGAAAGAACAAAUGGUUUUUCCAGAAACUGCGAUUUUAGAUUCAUUUGUAAGGUCUUUUAAAUAAAAUAAAAACAGUAAAA